AAACCUGAAUGCUUGGAACCUUAAGAGUGUAGUGGGCAGCCACCUGUCUGUCUCCUACUCAAGCUGCUGCUGCUGUCAUAGCCCUGGACCGAGACCAUGAACAAGCUGCUGUUUCUGCUUGGAGUGUCUAUCCUUGUCUGCCUUCUUUCAGAAGCUUUUGCUCAGACAGACCUCACAGGAAAGGUAUUUGUGUUCCCCAGAGAAUCUGACACCGAUUAUGUGAAGCUGAUUCCACAUCUGGACAAACCUCUGGAGAACUUUACACUGUGUUUUCGAGCCUAUACUGACCUUUCUCGCCCUCAUAGUCUUUUCUCCUACAAUACCAAUGAUGGAAACAAUGAGCUGCUAGUUUAUAAGGAAAAAAUUGGAGAAUACGGACUGUACAUUGGAAAUGUGGGAGCCACAGUCAGUGGGGUAGAAGAAUUUGCUUCUCCUGUGCAUUUCUGUACCAGUUGGGAGUCCUCUUCUGGCAUUGCUGAAUUUUGGGUCAAUGGGAAACCUUGGGUUAAAAAGGGUCUGCAGAAGGGAUACACUGUGAAAUCCCAACCCAGUAUUGUCAUAGGACAGGAGCAGGAUUACUUUGAAGGAGGUUUUGAAAAGUCCCAGUCCUUUGUAGGAGAGAUUGGGGAUUUGAACAUGUGGGACUAUGUGCUAACCACAGAAGAAAUUAAAUCUGUAUACCAAGGUUCCCCUCUUGAGCCUAACAUUCUGGAUUGGCAGGCUCUGAAUUAUGAAAUGCAUGACUAUGCAGUCAUUAGGCCCCGUGUGUGGCAUUAAGAUCUUAGAACAAAACCUCAUGAAAAUGAAAUGACUAAUGUCCAAGAGGUCAAGUCAGCACAACUCAAUACUUAAUCCUGAAUCUGCAGCCUUUUCUUCCUUGUGAACUUCCUAUCUACUUAUCUCCCCAAUAAAAAUAUUAUCCAGUUCUGCCUGCA